AUGAGUAUUUUUGUCGUUUAUUUAUCAAAGUAGAUUGUAUAUUUUUUCAUAUGAAAUAAAGUUUAAAAUUGAUUGUACACGAAAGUGGUAGCCGGGUGCGUUAUAUUUAUAAACAGCUGCCGGUCGGGUACCGGGUGGAGUUAUUCGGGUCCGGUUCGGAUCCGGGUACGAAGUUGUCGGGUUGGUUCGGAUUCGGGUACAGAAAAAAAGUGCCGGUUCGGUUUCGGGUGAAAAAAAAAUGCACCCGUGCAGUACUCUAAUCUAUAUUUCGUCUUAUUGAUCGACAAUCUGUCAAUGGUUAAAUUCUUAUUGAUGGUAUUGAUAUAAAUAAUAUUUCAUUACAUCAUCUUCGUUCACGAUUAAGUGUUCUUCCUCAAUUAUCCAUUUUAUUUGAGAGAACACAUUAUUAUAACUUAGAUCCAUUUGAACAAUAUAUAGAUGAACAAUAUCUUUUAGCACUUGAAUAAGUUCAAUUGAAACAUAUAGUUUCUAAUAAUGCAGCUGAAAUUCAUCAAUUAGUAUCAGAAUCUGAUAGUAAUUUUAGUGCAGAUCAAUGUCAAUUAAUAUAUAUUGCACGUACUAUUUUUAAACAAAAACCAUAUUUAACUAUUGCUCAUCGAUUAAUUACUGUUGGUAAAAAUGAUCGAAUUAUUAUUUUACACCAAGGCAUGAUAGUCGAUUUUAAUAAUCCACUGAAUAUUUUACCUAAACAUGGAUUUAUUCAACAAAUCGAUAAUAAUGAAUUGAUUAAAAUUAAUUAA